AUGACUUCGAAACCCCAAGUCAUCCUCGUCGUCGGCGGAACGUCCGGAAUCGGAUACGCCACCACGCUUUCCAUACUUUCAUCAACUUACCUACCACUGAACGCGAAAGUAAUUGCGUUUGGGCUUAUAGAUUCGACCAUCAAGCUUGAAUUCACGAAGCAGCAGAGAGAACGUCUCAGAAUAGUCGAGGGCGAUGUCACAGUGGAAGAAGAUCGCGAGCUAGCGGUCCAGACGUGUUUCGACCACUUUGGAGGUCUCGAUACUCUGGUGUACUGUGCAGGUGUUAUUACACCAAUCCAAAAAUUGGAAACGGUCGACAUCCAAGCGGUAAAGAGAAGUUUUGACAUUAAUGUUUUUGGCGCGAUGAGUAUGGUUCAGCUCACGCUCCCAAAGCUCCGUGCUUCGCGGAUAGCGCAUCCUCAUAACGCUGGCCGCGGCAAAGUCAUAAUCCUCUCUUCGGCCUGCGAUGACACAGUAUCCUACCAUGGAUGGAUGCCUUAUAGCACUACCAAAGCCGCGUUAACCCGGUUUAUCUCUUGUCUCGCACACGAAGAGCCACUGCUUAGUGUACAGGGCGUAUACCCGAAGUUAACACGAACCAAGAUGAUCGAUGGACUAGUCGAAGGGAAGUAUCGGGGCGUUAUGGCGGACCACGAGAUCGAGAGGUUCAGGAUUUGGGAUGAGAUGGGUGAUGAGAUGGUGGAACCCCCUGAGCUCUGUGGAGAGGCUGUCGCUAAAUUGGCGUUGGGAUUGUUCGAGGGCGGGAAGAGCGGAGAAACAUUGUAUUACGACGAGCAUGUUCCGCACAAGAUUGCGGGGACAUAA